AUGUCAUUCCUUACUCGUCGCCGGUCGCGGUUGGAUUCUCUCACCACUGCCUCUACCACAUCAGACACGUCGAAGCAGACGGGCAUCGUCAAUCGCGUCUCCAAACUAUUUUCGAACGAGCCUACGCCGGGACACGCAAAGGGACACUCGAGGUUGAAAAGUUUCGGCAGGGGUAUCUUGGGCAAGGCGAGCAAACGGAAGGCUGAUGAAUCUGCUCGGUAUAACGAAUGGAAUCAAAGUGACGAGAGCCAGGAGUACGAUCCGUCAAUCCGAAGGCCUAGUGGACUAGGCGAGAGGAAGGAGUCGACGUCUUCAGAUGGAUCCGAAAUUUCGUGGGUGGAGGGAGGAGGGCAUUUGCGCCAUCUGGCUUCCCAAGCGCAGGGACAGCACGGACAGGACGAGCAGGCGCGGUCACCCUCUGGAGGGGGGACACUAGCACGCAUGAUCAGCUCUCCAGAACUGCUUGCUUACUUUCCUUCACCUCCUGGUACAGUCCUCAAGUUUGACCACCCUCCGCAGCCUUUCCCCUUACCCGAUCAAGUCCUACCCGUCAUCCUAGGUUUCCUGCCUCCAGAGAAGAUUCCUCAGGCAGCGCGAAUAUCCCGCGCGUUUCUAUCUGCUGCUCGUCAGGUACUGUACAAGGAGGUCAACUUAGCCCAAGUCCCCCGUACGAGGGUACAUUCCUGUUUGGAGACCCUGGGCCGAGUCAGCGAGGCAGCAAAAAGCAUCCACACCUUCACAUGUUUGCUCGAGAAGGACGACGUCGACGCUGACCUUGCACUCUUCAGGGCUCUGCGGAACAUGUCGAAUCUAAAGUCUCUUACGCUAUCUCGUUUGCCUCUCCGGUUGACGGGACGCCGAUCGAGAGUUGGGAACACGCUGGAGUUUUCGCUGACGUCCUUGACAUUACUGGAGACGAAUCUAGCGCAGGACGACCUCACAGCGUUGUUCGCCUUCCUCUCCAAGCAGUCGAGUAUCAAGACACUGUCCCUACCAAAUCUUCGCAUAAACACAGAGGACUCAGUCCCAUCUAAUGAUCCCUCCGUCCUUCCUAUCCUGUCGUCUCUCGUCAUCCCCCCGCCUUUGAUAUCCCUCUUCGUUCCGACCCGGCCUGUGACGGAUCUGACCAUUAAUAUUUAUGAGACCCUCGUCGAAGGGCUACGUCCAAGCACGCUACUGUCCUUUCUCCCUGAAGCUCGGAAGCGCGUCACCAAGCUGUGCAUAUCGUUCCAGGAGACGAUUGACCGUAGGACUGUCGAACGUGUUCUGGGCGCCGUGCAGAAGGAGUGCCAUGGGAUGGUGGAAGAGCUACAAGUGCGGUGGGCGACAGGAAGCACCUCGGUGCUCUACAAACAAAUAUCCGCCAUCCUACCAAAAUUCACCGUCCUGCACACAUUGCGACUCCGCGUUCCCGCCUCCUCCCUCCUCGCGCACGCCCCACCAGUCCUCUCCACGCCGUCCUCUCCCGUAAUUCUGUCUACUCCCUCUUCUCCCGCAAUCCUAUCUAGUCCCUCCCCCUCCCUCACCCCCUCCCGCACACCGUCCGUGUCAGCGUCGAUCAUGACCUCCGCCUCCAGCACCGCGCCCUCCCUGUCCUCCAAAAAAUCCACGCACUCCGUCCGGCGGAAGCCCGUGCCGAAGCUGGAGCCGCACGAGCUGGAGUCGCUCAAUCUCCUCUCGCCGUCAUCGCUGACCUUCAGCCCACCCGCGCCGUCGUCUUCCAGCUUCUCGGAGCCCGCGGAGGAGACGGCGGCGUCGAAGGAGCACACGAGGGAGCGCGCGCUGCUAUCCGCGUGGUCGAAGAGCAACGCUGCGCUGGCGCGCGUCGAGUUUGUCUCGGGCGCGGAGUGGGUUAGAAGGGAGGGCGGCGCGGGCGGGGGCGCGUCGAGGAGGAAGGAUAAGUGGGUGUUCGCCACUAUGAGGAGAGACUAA